UGGGAGGACAGGCUGCAACUACCUCCUAGAUCCCGGCAGAGUCAGUCACUCCACCUCAUCGCCCCGCCUCCGUGGGCGUGGUCACAACGCGCACUCCAGUCCCGGGAGGGGGCGUGGCCAGGGCGGGGAGGGGGGGCCGGCCCCGCCCUCCGGGGGGUGUCACGUAGCUCUGCGGCAGCCGCAGCCUCAUUUACAGAAGCCCGGGCUGGAGCCGCAGCUGUCGCGGAUCUGAACGCGAGCUGUUCCUGUGGCUGCGCAGCUACCUCGCUGCGCACAGAACUGUCACCAUGCCCCACUCGUAUCCAGCCCUUUCUGCUGAGCAGAAAAAGGAGUUGUCUGACAUUGCCCUGCGGAUUGUAGCCCCAGGCAAAGGCAUUCUGGCCGCAGAUGAGUCUGUAGGCAGCAUGGCCAAGCGACUGAGCCAAAUUGGGGUAGAGAACACCGAGGAGAACCGCCGGUUGUACCGCCAGGUCCUGUUCAGUGCUGAUGACCGUGUAAAGAAGUGCAUCGGCGGUGUCAUCUUCUUCCAUGAGACACUCUACCAGAAAGAUGAUAAUGGUGUCCCCUUCGUCCGCACCAUCCAGGAUAAGGGGAUUGUCGUGGGCAUCAAGGUUGACAAGGGUGUAGUGCCUCUAGCCGGAACUGAUGGAGAAACCACCACUCAAGGGCUGGAUGGGCUCUCGGAGCGCUGUGCCCAGUACAAGAAGGAUGGCGCUGACUUUGCCAAGUGGCGCUGCGUGCUGAAAAUCAGUGAGCGCACACCCUCAGCACUUGCGAUUCUGGAGAAUGCCAAUGUGCUGGCCCGCUAUGCCAGUAUCUGCCAGCAGAAUGGGAUUGUGCCUAUUGUGGAACCUGAGAUUCUGCCUGAUGGAGACCAUGACCUCAAACGUUGCCAGUACGUUACAGAGAAGGUCCUGGCUGCUGUGUACAAGGCCCUGAGUGACCAUCACGUGUACCUGGAAGGCACCCUACUCAAGCCAAAUAUGGUGACCCCUGGCCAUGCCUGCCCCAUUAAGUAUAGCCCAGAGGAGAUCGCCAUGGCAACUGUCACUGCCCUGCGUCGCACUGUGCCCCCGGCUGUCCCAGGAGUGACCUUCCUGUCUGGGGGUCAGAGUGAAGAAGAGGCAUCUCUCAACCUCAAUGCUAUCAACCGAUGCCCCCUUCCUCGGCCGUGGGCCCUUACCUUCUCCUAUGGGCGUGCCCUGCAAGCCUCUGCACUCAAUGCCUGGCGAGGGCAACAGGACAAUGCUGGGGCCGCCACUGAGGAAUUCAUCAAGCGGGCCGAGGUGAAUGGGCUUGCAGCCCAGGGCAAGUAUGAAGGCAGCGGAGAAGAUGGUGGAGCGGCAGCGCAGUCCCUCUACAUUGCCAACCACGCCUACUGAGUACCCCUCCAUACCACAGCCCUUGGCCCGACCACCUGCACCCAAUUUUGCCUGUAGUUAUGGCCAGGGCCAAGUAGCCAUGCAGAGCAGAGAUGCCUCCAUCCAGCACUGAGUCAUCUUCCUUUGAUCUCCUCCCCUCCCCUCUCAGAUUGCUGUACCUGGGACCAUUGGAUGGGAGGAUAGGGAGCCCUCAUGACUGAGAGCAGGAGAACUUGCUAGAAGUCAGAGCAGGAUGCCUGGGUCUCCCCGCAGCCUCUGCCACCCCCCAAAAUUUUCCCAUGAUGGGGUUGCUUCUCCUUGGGCUCUCCUUGCCCGCCCUCUCUCCUGGGGUCAGAGGGUAGGGCAACAGAGCUGACUCAUGCUUUGUGUGCAUACCACAUAGCAAAUAAAUGGUAGCAAAACAUGC